CACCCGGAUUAGCUUUCAUCAAGCAUUAUUGGUUGCUUGGGAUGAAAACAAAGUGAUGUCCGAAAAGGAAAAGGAACAACUAUGAAGCACGAAUACUUUGUAGAUUCCAAGUGGGUUGAGUAAUACCAGGCCACGGCUCAAUUGAUAAUCUAGAGUUCCGUAGCUGCCACCCUGACACCAAAGCCAUGGCGUUGGAAUUAGAUCUGGAGCGCGUACUAUUGCGUUUGCCUGCGAUGAUGGCGCAGGGGCGACUACUAGGCAUGCCAAACCACAUGGAGAUGAUUCGAGACCGCCUCUGGGCUAUCAAUGGCACGAUCUUCGACGCUCAGCUUCGAGCGUUGAAGGAGCCGGAGUUGGAGGAGUGGAUGACCGACGUCGGUGCAGCCAUUGUGGACGUCGACGAUCUGCUCGGUAGGAUCCUCGACUGGCACCCAAGAGGAGGAGCGGCUGCAGCAUCGAAUCGCUCGUCACACUCCAUCUGCAGCAUCCGAGAGGCCUCUCGCCAAGCCAUUCUAUUGGAGCUAAAGGAGAUGGUAGGCAGGCUGAACUAUCUGGUGAGGAGGGGGUCUGUGUUGGGCCUCUCGAAGGAGAUAAUGGAGUCUGUGGAUCCACGACAAGAAGAAGAAGAGUACUCCACCGUCCUAAGAGAAGAGGUGGUGGGACGCAACGAGGAUGUAGAAGAAAUCAUCAAAAUGUUGAGGCAACAACAGUCUGGCGAUUGUGAUGAAUGGCUGCUCAUAGAUGGCGAUGAUGGGAAGACGACCCUUGCUCGGUUGAUUUACCACCACCCCUGGGUGCGCGAGCAUUUCCAGCAUCGAAUUUGGGUGGAUGUCUCAAACAUUGGUUAUUUGGAUCCCAAGUGGAUCAUGAGAGAAUUCACGAGAUCAAUAACCGGGGAGCCAUGCGAGGACAUCUGGCAAUUCUACGAUGGAAUCCAUGGAAGCAAAUACUUGCUCGUUCUGGAUGAUCUCUGCGUCGGGGAGGAGGAGGAGGAGGAUAAGUGGUUCCAAUUGGAGAGCUUUCUAUCGCUCGUCGGCGCACCAGGGAGUACCGUGGUGGUCACUCCUGACCAUUUCGUAGAUUUUAUUGAGCGUAUAUUGGGGUCCUCUGUCCGAAAGCACGAGUUGGGAGGCCUAUCGGAGGAUGAUUGGGUAAAAUUGUGCAUGAGACAAGCACUCAUCCGGCCCGAUCAACACGAGCAAGCAAACGCGAUAAUUCAAUCCUAUAAGAGAAAUCCUUUACGUGAUUGGUCUCCCAUGCUCGCCAAGGCUUCUGGCUCCAUAUUCAGAUAUACUGAGAUGAAUCGAUGGCAACAACAAAUUGAUGCUUUGUUGAAGUGGCAGACGGAGGAAGUGAUCGAGAGCCAGGAGGAAGUGAUUGACAGCCAGGAUACGGCUUUAAUUAUUCUUCGUUACUGGCCACGUAAAGGGAUACAAAUUUUUGUUUUACAUAUGGUUGAUCAGACAAGAUGACGUGGUCAAUAAUGAAGACUUCUUCCAUGUGUUAGCUUCCGAAGGCCUUCUGUCGUAUUCAGACAUCGUCGGGACGGAAAGGACAUAUACGAAGGCCCCCGAUUCUGCACUAUUUUUAUUUAGUGUCAUAAAAAUAUUGUUAUAUCUUGACGAAGGCUUAUUCGGAUUCAACAAUCCCACCACAAUGUUUCUAUCUACGUAUGUUGGUCGAUUCCAAUAAGAUCAUAUUUCCAACGAUCUUGUCGAGAGGGGUAAACAAGUUAAGAGGUUUGAUAUUGGAACGGAAGGAGAUGGAUUUUCAACACGAAUAUCAUAUCCUACAUAUUCCACAAGGUAUGUUUACCAAUCUUAUACAUCUACGUAUUUUAUGUUUACGAGCUAUCAGAGUCCAGCAGCUACCUGAUACGGUGGGCGAAUUGCUUGUCUUAAGAUACCUCAAUCUUUCUCAGUCCGAGAUCCAAGUACUUCCUGAAUCCUUGUGCAAGCUCAAGAAUUUACGAGUCUUAAAUCUAGCUCAUUGCGAAAAGCUUCGUAAGAUUCCGAGAGGAAUACAUAAUCUUGAGAAUUUACAUGUUUUGAAAUUAGCUUAUUGUACAAAGCUUCAGAUGUUACCUAUUUCGGUCACCAACCUCGUAAAACUACAAGAGUUAGAUCUGGAAGGUUGUCGAUGGCUUGUUGAAUUACCCGAGGGUUUGAGUAACAUGAAAAAGCUGAUAGAUCUCAACCUGUAUAGAUGUCCAUCGAAUCAAAUGCCACAUGGAAUAAAUCGAAUGAAUAACCUUGUGAAAUUUUCUGAACAUAUCAUAGUUGGUGGUCUUGGAAAUGUUUUCUCAGAGUUGCGAUCAUUGAUGAAUCUAAAAGAACUAAGUCUACAAAAUCUCGAACAAGUGUCAAAUUCAGAAGAUGCUUCGACUCCUUUAAAAUUGUUUGAUAUACUUCCACAACUCAUACAUUUGAGGUUAUAUUGGAAAUGGGACAAUAUGGAUGACAUGAGAACCUCCAAAUUGGUUUCGCUACAAGUACUUGAAAGAGAAGAAUUUUUAUUCCCGAAACUUGGUGAAUUGACAUUAAUCCAAUGUCCAAAAUUCAAAGCUUUAGAGGUGGAGAUGAAGGUCUCAAGAUUGAGUAUUUGGUUGGACAAUAAGAUGCAAGGGUUGGCAUAACCUCCAAAGUAUAGAGAGAGCACUUGGAGAUAGUUGGAAGCCAAGAGAUGAGGUGUUUGCCACAGGACAUGGAACGAUGUGAUGGACUUGAGAAGUUGAGAGUUAUCGGAUGUGACAAUUUGGACUGUUUGCCGGAGUGGCUGCAAGGAUUUGAACGUCUGGAUUCUUUAUAUAUAUAUGGCUGCAGAGCUCUAUCAUCCAUGCCAGAGGAGCUUAAACGACUGCCAAGCUUUGAUGUUAAAUAUUGUCCGAAGCUGAGACUUUAACCAGCGGAGCAGAAAAACACCAUCUGAUUUCGGUAGCAGCAUCAAAUUGCAGAUGUUUGGGACUCGGAAAGGAAACAUUAUUCUGGAAUUCUCCAUUUCUUCCUGAAUCUUAUAAACAUUUAACCCUCCCUCCCUCCCUCCCUACCUAACUGAUGCUGUGAGGGAAAGAUGGACUAUCGUGCAAUGAUUCGUCCGAUAAAUCAAGACAAGAACAAAUAUAAUACACCUAAAUAUCAUUUUGUUGUUCGCUUUGUAUCCUGACAUUAAGUUGUUUAUGUUUUUUUUAUUUACGCUGUUUUGAUGUAUCAUUAUGUGUUCUUCAGUGAGUAUGUGAUUAAACCAACAAGAAUACUGUUGUACAAAUAAUAUCUUCAAUAAUUAUUGCUCGAGAUUUGGUACUUGCA